UUUCACGGCCAUCUUGUGUCGCCUUUCCAUUGUUCAUUAAAGUUAGCAGGGGUGGCGGAGCUAUUUACUGCGCAUAAUUUUUUGGGGGGCUAUUGUUCAGUUGACAUCAGCAAAAUAGGGGAAAGGAGCAAGAAUCCAAGGUCAUCAUAGAAUACGACACACGUGGACUUUUCGCUCAGGGUUCGAUCUCACACUCCGUCGGAAAAUAUGAUGGACGACGAACAACCCAAGACCCUGUAUGUGGGGAACCUGUCCCGGGAUGUGACCGAAGCCCUCAUCAUGCAGCUGUUCGGCCAGAUCGGACCCUGCAAGAGCUGUAAAAUGAUAGUAGAUACGGCAGGUAAUGACCCCUACUGCUUUGUGGAGUUCUACGAACACAGGCACGCUGCCGCGUCACUCGCAGCCAUGAACGGUCGUAAAAUAAUGGGUAAGGAGGUCAAAGUGAACUGGGCCACAACCCCUAGCAGCCAGAAGAAAGACACAAGCAAUCACUUCCACGUUUUCGUUGGAGACCUCAGUCCUGAAAUCACCACGGAUGACAUCAAAGCUGCUUUUGCACCCUUUGGGCGGAUAUCAGAUGCCCGGGUGGUGAAAGACAUGGCUACUGGCAAAUCUAAAGGCUAUGGCUUUGUGUCCUUCUUCAACAAAUGGGAUGCGGAGAAUGCCAUCCAACAGAUGGGAGGUCAGUGGUUGGGAGGAAGGCAGAUCAGGACCAACUGGGCUACCAGGAAGCCCCCUGCACCCAAAGCCACCUACGAGACGAACACAAAGCACCUGUCGUUUGAGGAGGUUGUGAACCAGUCCAGCCCCAGCAACUGUACAGUCUACUGUGGAGGAGUCUCUGCAGGGCUUACAGAGCAACUGAUGAGGCAGACCUUCACCCCCUUCGGUCAGAUCAUGGAGAUCAGAGUUUUCCCAGACAAAGGCUACUCGUUUGUGAGGUUCAACUCCCACGAGGGAGCGGCCCACGCCAUUGUGUCAGUGAAUGGGACGUCCAUGGAGGGGCACGUGGUGAAGUGUUACUGGGGGAAGGAGACCACAGACAUGGUCAGCCCCAUGCAGCAGGUACAGGUGCCUCAGGUAACACCGCAGCAGAACAAAAUGGGCUUUGCAGCGCAGCCCUACAGCCAGUAUGCCCAGUGGUACGGUAACGCCCAGCAGAUUGGCCAAUACGUGCCCAGCGGGUGGCAGGUGCCCACCUACGGAGUCUACGGACAGGCCUGGAACCAGCAGGGCUUCAAUCAUUUACAGGCGGGUGCAGGGUGGACGGGUGUGGGAGCGGUGAGUAAUGGCGGUGUGGUGGAGCCUGGACAGGGAGUCAACGGGACGGUGCUGGCCAACCAGUCGGGCAUGGGCACCGCUGGCUACCACACCCACUGAUCAGCGCUGGCCCGGUAGCCCAGCGUCGGUCUCCUACCCUCCACCACCACAGGGGGUGGACAUGUGCCCCGUAUUUUACAACAUGAUUAAGAACUCUAUGGCGGGGAUGUGUGAUUCCACCUCUUCCUGUCCAGUCCCCCAACCUGGUUUUUACAUGUAAGUUUAAAGGUGGCGUGGAGGAGGGAAAGCUUGUGUGUUAUCCAUCGGAGGUGGAGCGUUGCCCAGUCCUGGGAUAUAAGAUACAUUUGUGUAUAUAUACCCAUGCACACAAACACACACAGACACACACACCCACACACACCCUACAAAGGUCUUUGGCCCCGUGUCAGAUUGACUGACUCAAGAAUCAGAAAGGACUAUGCCAUUUUUAAUUAAAAAUAAAUACAUUUAAAUAAAUAAAACAUGAUUAAAAAAGCAGCAACUUCUUUUGGAUUUGCUUUUUCUCGUUGGUUUGUUUAGAAUGAUUUCAACUGCUGAUAUCGUUAACAAGCUUUGCCUGUUUUGUUUUGUUUCGGGACUGUCAUUUUAACUAAAUGUUUAUAGCAAUGACACCAUGGAAUCAUGUGAAAUGUAAGAACCUUUUUUUGUGUUAUGUUUAUAUAUAUAUAUAAAAAAAUUAAUCAAAUGGAUGUCAACUGUUGUAAAAAAUUUUUUCAUGCUGUUUUCAAUCUCAACUAAAAACCAAUUGCAGGGAUUACUGCCACUGUUUCUUUAAAAGGCAGACAUAUUGCACAAUACUAUUACUCUUGGUUACCUUUUCACACAAUUUGAUGUUACAAAAAUUCUAGGUAUUUUGAAUUGUUUUGCAUUCCACUUUUUUUCCUUUUGAAACUUUUAUUUUAGAAGGGCUUACAUACGUACGUAUACUGUUUUGUAUGUAAAUAACCAAACAGUCUGUUAAACUGUUCUGACGCUGUAUAAAGAGGGAAAAAAAUCAUGUUAAUUAUGGAAGCUUGCUUGCUUGCUUUUUUGAAGGGCGGGCUGGGGUAAGGGAUCGUUAACACUAGACAUGGGCAUAUUAACAUCACUGUUUAAUGCUGGUCCAUGAAAAUGUAGGGGACAGUGCAACAUUUGAUUCUUCCAGGGGCAUUGCUAUGCAGUGAAAAAUGAUCUAGACUGAAAAGUAAUAUAGACUUAAAGUUAUUCUGUGUAUAAAACCUAAAUAUUGAACUUUUUGCAGUUUAUUUUUAUUUUUAUGACAAAGUAGUAAAUAGUUAUCAAAUGUUACAAAAAAACUUGAACGUAUCAGAUUUUUGAACUGGUUCCCCCUAUGGAGCAGUUUUAAUAAUACAGUCGGAUGAGACCCCUUUUGUUGCCUUAUUUUGAGUUAAUUUCAUUUUAACCAACCGAUUAUCAUAAACAGCUCAUAAGGUCUGAUAUUUUCAGACCUUAUGUUUUGAGGGGGUGUUUUGUGGGGGUUAUGUUGAUGCUACAACGUGUUCUUGCUUUUUCCCAUUAAAAUGCUGAUGCGUAUAAACACUG